AUGAAUGUUGAUGCAAUUGAUGAUCGUCGUCGUACUCCCUUGCAUGUUGCUUGUGAAAAUGGCCACACAAUAAUAGUUAAAUUUCUUCUUGAAAAGGGCGCUUCAAGCAUAUUACGAGAUGCUAGAUCUUACAAUUGUUUAGAUAUUGCCAUUAUAGGACAGCACGAAGAACUUGUGAAAGAGCUUCUCAAUCAUGAUUCAUGGCGAGAUAUAAUGCGUAAUGCUCAGCCUAUUUCCGGGACUGAAGCAUUCGACACGCCUAUGAGAAAAUUAAUUCGUUAUGUGCCUAAUGUAGCUGCUUGGCUUAUUGACGAAAAAUUUACUACUAUAGUCGGUGGACCAGGUCAAAAGGUAUACAAACGCAUCUACGAUUAUGAAUUUUAUGAAGACAUGUAUAAAGUUCGUGACUGGUACAGCAAAGGUAAGCACUAUAUAGAUUUAUCAUAG